AUGUAUGUGAAAUGGUUUGAUACAGUAAUGUUAUACUAUGUGAUUUUAGUGAAUUUAGUGAAUGUCACUUUUUGUCAUUUUCAAAUUUCCCACCAGUUCCGUCCCCCGUACGUCCUGACAUCGCAGGGGACGGAACCCAGAUGACAGAUGCCGGCAUCCGCCGGAGGACAUUACAGGGGACACUGCAGGAGGGACAUCGUGGGAGCGCAGGACAAGGUAAGUAAUUGAGGGAUUGUGGAGCAACGCUGCAGGGUAAUCCCGAGUGUAGCUCGGGGUUACCGCUUGUGCUACACUCGGGAAUACCGCCAGGGGGCU